GACUUCCUCCCCACCCCGCCCUUACCCAAGAUGGCGGCGCCCAGCGACACGUGCGCUUUCAUCUUGACCGUCGCCGGAGUGACCCUCUUCAAGUGCCUCCUCGUCCCUGCCUAUCGUUCCACGGAUUUUGAGGUGCACCGCAAUUGGCUGGCAAUCACGCACAGCCUGCCCAUCUCCAAAUGGUACUAUGAGGACACGUCGGAGUGGACGCUGGACUACCCGCCGCUCUUCGCGUGGCUGGAGCUGGCGCUGUCGCACGCGGCCCGCUGGUUCGACCCGGCCAUGCUGGCGGUGGGCAACGUGGGCUACGCGAGCCCGGCGACCGUGCUCUUCCAGCGCCUGUCCGUCACGGCCACCGACGCGCUGCUCGUCUACGCCGCGUGGGAGUGCAGCCGGUGCGUGCGUGGCAAGGUCAAGGGUCGUCCGGGAGAGCUGACGCUGAGUCCCGGCCUGGGCUUCGCCGCUCUGAUCGUCACCAACGUCGGGCUGCUGCUUGUCGAUCAUAUCCAUUUUCAAUACAACGGUUUCCUCUCCGGCCUGAUGCUGUUGUCCAUUGCCCGCCUGUACCAGGGCAAGGUCUACACGGCCGCCUUCCUCUUCUCCCUGCUGCUCAACUUCAAGCACAUCUACCUGUACCUGGCGCCGGCGUACGGCGUCCACAUGCUGCGCACGUUCUGCUUCACGCGCAGUCGCCCCGACGGGGGUGUGCUCUGGCGAAGUCUGAGUGUGGCCCGCCUGUUGGGGCUGGCCGCGAUCGUCCUCUCCGUGUUCGCCUGCUCCUUCGGCCCGUUCAUUGCCAUGGGCCAGCUGCCGCAGGUGCUGUCGCGCCUCUUCCCGUUCCGGCGGGGCCUCUGCCACGCCUACUGGGCGCCCAACGCGUGGGCGCUCUACAACGCCGCCGACAAGGCGCUCGCCAUCGCCGGCGUCCGUGCGGGGCUCUGGAACGGAAGCUCCGUGGCCACGGCGGCCAUGACAGGAGGGCUGGUGCGCGAGGCCGAACACGCCGUGCUGCCCUCCGUGCCGCCCGGCGCCACCGUCGCCUGCACGCUGCUCGCCACGCUGCCGGCGCUGUGGGCCCUGUGGUCGCGCCCGUGCGGCCCGCGCCACUUUGUGCGCUGCGCUACGCUCUGCGCCCUGGCGGCGUUCCUCUUCGGGUGGCACGUCCACGAGAAGGCCAUCCUCAUCGCCAUCCUCCCGCUCACACUCCUGGCGGUGGAGAGCCGGGAGGACGCGGAGACGUUCCUGAUCUUGGCCACGACGGGCCACCUCUCGCUGUUCCCGCUCAUCUUCACCCUGCCUGAGUUGCCCAUCAAGAUCGGCCUGAUGCUGAUGUACACCAUCUUUAGCUUCUCCACCCUCAGGUCGCUCGUGUGCGGCGCCAGGGAGCGCCUGCUGGGCCCGUGCGCCGCGGGCUACCUGGCCGGCCUGGCCACGCUGGCGCUGCUCGUGGAGGUCGCCUUCCCGCUGUCGCCGUGGCGAAGCGCGCUGCCCUUCCUGCCGCUGCUCGCCACUUCCUGCUACUGCGCCGUGGGCGUCGCCCUCGCCUGGCUCCGCCUCCUGCGCUCGCUGGGCUCCGCCCGCCGCCCCCGCGGCCGAGACGACGACCGGCGGAAGGCGCAGUGACGGCCGGCGGCCAUCGCGGUCGUUCAGACAUCUUUCGACGACCACGAGGAGGAGGAGGAAUUUGCGUUUUACGGACCUCGACCGUUUCCGGUGCCAUCCCCGCGAUCUUGCCCUUGGGGAAGCGCCCCCCGCCCCCAGUGACAGCUGCCCCUGUGCAGCACAAGGCGUACGCAGCACCGGCCUGCAAGAGCGGAUUAGGCUGCCAGUAGUGGUAAUGUACGAGCAGGUUUACAAACUUGGGCCGUGAAGCCUUCUCCGUUCUAAACGAGGGCAUUGGGGAUCUCGAACGACCGCUGCGACGCAGUCGGCGGCCUGACAUUCAUUCGUGAGCGCACCCACGUGCAGUUUUGAACCAGGGUGGCCGCCACCGUCGAAUUGCGAACCUCUGCAAUGAGCGGGGUGGAGGGGGGGGCAGAAGGGCCACAUCGCUGGUCCCGGGAGCGUUUCGGCGGAUUCAGAGGAGCCGUCCUCCCGUGGCCUCGCCCACAAUCAUUUGCAAAAAAAAAUCACGGCUUCGUCCCAAGCUUAAAUAUUCUCUGGCCUCGUAACUGAAUCCGCGACAAUCGGGGCGGAGGGUGGGGCUAGCUAGUAAAGGGGGCGGAGCCUGUGUCAGAAAGGUGUGGGUGGGGGGGGGGGCUGGCGGUGGAGUGGGCGUGGCUAUGUGAACGUGGGCGGGGCCUCGGAGGGUGGGAGGGGCUUCCCAGACGUGUGGCAGCUGCUCUAAGUUACUUUGCGAGCUCUGCCAAGCCGAUCAACCGGUUGGUGCUGGUGACGAAUCUUUUUAUGUCAUGGUGGUCGUAAUGAUACAAGUCGCACGAACGUAGUGCCGCUCGUCAAAGAACCGCGCUUCGAGGACCGUGCCCCAGCGGCAGAGCGAGCUCCUCACAGUCGGAAGGUCGCGAGUUCAAAUCCCGCUUGGGGGGGGGGGUGAACUCGCGAGUUCAUUGUCAAAAUAAAAAAUGAGCAACGCUUUUGUGCAGAAGUCAACGGUAGUUGUCCUAUGGGUGGAUCUGCCCCCGCCAUACGAACGUGGAAUUUCCAUCGCUGGCCGUGCAUCGUGGCAGUAAACGGCAGAGAAGUCCCGAUGCCUCGACCCUUAUCCGAGUGGCGGGAGAUCCGCUCUGACCUGCAGACGCCGUCGUGGGUGUCGUGAAGCUUCACUCGGCACUCCGCCGUCCACCACUCCGGCUCUUCUCGUUAGCCUCGCAGGCCCGCUGCGUUGGGCCUGCUGCGUUGGGCCCGCUGCGUUGGGCCCGCUGCUUCUAUUCCACGUUCUUAUUUCAGCUUUGUCGGCCUACUGUUGGACGUGCCACAGUGAUUCUCUGAAGCAAGGCGCAUUGCAAAUGCAAAUCCUUUUUUUAUUGACUUUAAAACUGUGUUUGAAGUGGUGCUGUUGUUGGUACGUAGUUUGCGUCUUUAAGCGACGUUUACCACGACGCACGUAACGGGAGAGCGACCGCAAGUUUGAACUCGGUGCUCUGUAGGGUUUUUAUAUUUUAUAGUCGGGUUUUGUUUCACUUGAUGGAGUUGUGUGACGCAUGUUUGUUAAACUUCUUUCGCACCGUACGUAGCCAACCGCGCUAAUCCGAGGUGCGGGGGGAGGCAAAGAGCCGAGGUAAAGAAAUUUGUUCUCAAUCUUGAUGAUGUAACUUCCUAAUAUGGGCAGGAAGAGCGUUCCAGACGGCCGCAGAAGCGCAUCUGAAAGCGCCGCCUUCGAUGGCCGAGCCGAAAGGCCGCCGCUGCUGCUGCUGCUGCGAGGAUGACCCGCAGUUUGCGUGACGACGGUUUAAAAUGAAGUAAUCGUCGUCAUCAUCGCCAUCGUCCGCAGCGAUCAUCACUGCACGCGAGCAUGUGAUGCAAGGGUUGGUGGGUCACGGAGAGAUCUGUGAAAGACCAAAAACCUGCUGAGCUCGCAAUUCCAGGAGGUGGCAGUACAGCAAGUGGGUUAAUACAUUUUAUCUGAUUGCGAUCCCCUACUGUGAGCGUGUGCGUCAUUUGCUCCUACUGGUGGUGCUCUGCUUUCUUUCCACAUUCCAAUGGAGUUGGUUAAACAUCACAAAAUGUGUCGAGACUGGGUGUGGAUUUCCUGGAUAAAUAAAGAACAAUGAUGGGGCUACCGAUCUUCAUCGCCACAAUCAUCACAACAACCGCUAUCUUCAUCGCCACAAUCAUUACACCGUGAACGACUCAACUGGGAUUACCGUCCACACACAGCGGCAAUCGUCCCCUGCUGGCCGCAAACUCAUUGCCAGGGACAGCUGCCACUGGGGAUGCCCCUAGGGCUUGACACAGCAGAAGCUAUGACCCAUAAUGACAGGUCAGAUCACUUGUAGAUUAUACUUCCAUCCCCUGGUCUCUGAGUUGUCAGCUGCUUCAAUGCAAUUAGCUUGAACACGAUCUUUUCGUUAAAUCAUAAAAAAUUAUAAUUGGCCAAACAUCCCAAUGUAGCAACACCUCCUACGGAAGCGUCUUUAGACUCGAUGGGUGUUCCUGGCUAAAAUAUCCUGAGUGGCAAGUAACCU